CAUUGCUGUAAAAGACCACAGUGUCAGCUUAACAUUUUCAAAUCUUAAAUUUCAAUCAGCCAAAGCAAAGAUGUGGAGCCUCCAAAACCUGCUUUUCAUCCUCUGCAUUGCUCUGAGAUGUGUGACCUGUGAAGCAGGGGUGAUCCAUGUGACUGGAUAUGUGGGGAGAGAGGUUAACGUUUCCUGCUCUUAUGAUGAGGGUUAUGAAUCUUAUGAAAAGUACCUGUGUAAGAACGACUGUGGUGACAGUGAUCUUCUUAUUACCACAUCACACUCCGUGAAAAACAAAUACACAACCCAUGAUGACAAAACAGCACGAAUCUUCACAACAACCAUCGCUGAUCUUCAAUCCACGGAUGCUGGGAGAUACUGGUGUGGAGUGACCAGAACUGGAAAAGAUAUCUACACUGAAGUCGAGCUGAAAUUAGUACCAGACAGCUGCUGUGACACUGUGACCAAAGUUCAAAGUUAUGAGGGAUACUCUGAGUCUGUCAGUUGUUCGUAUGAGUCUCAGUACCAGAACAGCCUGAAGUACAUCUGCAGAGGAAAUCAGCCUUCCACAUGUCUGCAGCAGGCACUGAUCACCUCUGACAACAAACAAAAUGGGCGAUUCAGACUUGAUGAUGACAAAGUGUCAGGAACAUUCACAGUGACCAUUAACAGUUUGACUCAGAAUGAUUCAGGGUCAUACCUCUGUGGUGUUCAAAGAAACUCUGAGGUGGAUGUUUUCUCUGCUGUUGAGCUGGAAGUUGAAGAGUGGUGCUGUGUCAAAGCAAAACACAUAAAUGGUAUUGCAGGAAAUCUACUACGGUUGCAGUGUCCUUAUCCUCCACAACAUCGAAAUAACAGCAAGUUCCUCUGUAAGGGAGGCCAACGCAACAAAUGCACAGACAUCUCGAUGGAUCAAAGGGUCACACUGCAAGAUGAUGCUGCCUCCAGCUCCUUCUUUGUGAUGAUCACAUACUUAGAUGUACAUGAUACUGGGACAUACUGGUGUGGGUCAGACCCACAGUGGAGAGUUGGAAAUUACACCAAGAUUGAGCUGUCAGUGGUUACUGUGAGAUGUGUGACCUGUGAUAUAGGGGUGGUUUCUCUGAGAUGUGUGACCAGUGCAGUGGGGAUGAUCCAUGUGACUGGAUAUGUGGGGAGAGAGGUUAAUGUCUCCUGCUCCUAUGAUCAGAGUUAUGUAUCUCAUGAGAAGUACCUAUGUAAGGACGACUGUGGCAGUGAUGAUGUUCUUAUUACAACAUCACAAGCAAGCAAAACCAAAUACUCAAUUUAUGAUGACAACAGCACACGAAUCUUCACAACAAUUGUCUUUGAUCUUCAAUCUACGGAUGCUGGAAAAUACUGGUGUGGGGUGACGAGAACUGGAACAGACAUCUACACUGAAGUCAAGCUGAAAUUAGUACAAGACAGCUGCUGUGACACUGUGACCAAAGUUCAAAGUUAUGAGGGUUACUCUGAGUCUGUCAGUUGUCCGUAUGAGUCUCAGUACCAGAACAGCCUGAAGUACAUCUGCAGAGGAAAUCGGCCCUCCACAUGUCUGCAGCAGGCACUGAUCACCUCUGACACCAAACAAAAUGGGCGAUUCAGACUUGAUGAUGACAAAGUGUCAGGAACAUUCACAGUGACCAUUAACAGUUUGACUCGCAAUGAUUCAGGAUCAUACCUCUGUGGUGUCCAAAGAAACUCUGACGUGGAUGUUUUCUCUGCUGUUGAGCUGGAAGUUGAAGAGUGGUGCUGUGUCAACUCAACUAAAAGAAAUGGUACUGCAGGAAAUCCACUAACUUUGCAGUGUCCUUAUCCUCCACAACACUGGGAUAACAGGAAGUUCCUCUGUAAGGGAGACCACCGCAACAAAUGCACAGACAUGGUGACAAGUCGAAGCAGGUUCACAUUGCAAGAUGAUGCUGCUUCCAGCUCUUUCACAGUGAGGAUCACAGAACUGGAAGCAGCUGAUGCUGGGACAUACUGGUGUGGAUCAGACUCACAGUGGAGAGUUGGAAACUACACCAAGAUUGAGCUGUCAGAGUGGUGCUGUCUCAACUCAAUUAAAAUAAAUGGCACAGUAGGACAUCCACUAACUCUGCGGUGUCCUUAUCCUGCACAAAACUGGGAUUACAAGAAGCUUUUCUGUAAGGGUGACCAUCGCAACAAUUGCACAAACGUAACCAGUCAAAGGAGGUUCACAUUGCAAGAUGAUGCUUAUUCCAACUCUUUCUUGGUGAGGAUCAAAGAGCUGGAAGCAGCCGAUGCUGGGACAUACUGGUGUGGAUCAGACUCACAGUGGAGAGUUGGAAAUUACACAAAGAUUCAACUGUCAGUGGAUGCCACAGUCUAUGUGGUUUUUGCUGCACGCUCUGUGCUGCUACUGCUACUGCUGUGUGCCCUGGUUAUAGUUCAUAAGUACAAAUAUUACAAAUUGAAAGGAAGAGCCAAGGAUGCUCUUUGUGGACCACAGCUCAAGCUCAACACCAUAACCCCAGACAUCCUCGACACCAAACUGGACGACCUGCUCCUGGAUCAAAGGCUUCCUCACCACCGUCCUGAAUCAGAAAGUCCCCCCACAUACCACCCCUCAACACUCACCACCGCAGCAAUGAUCUGA